CCUAGGAAAAAGUCACCCAUGACUUCCCCCACAACUGGGUAUUGCCAAUCUUUUGACUUUUUGCUUUUAUGAUUUCAAUGCUUCAUUCAUGGAACCUAAGGUGAAUUGCCCUCACCAACAGUCGUACAUAGUGCUACUAAUAUAAAUGAUGGCUGCAGCCCUGGUCUAGCUAUACCAUUACCCCCUAUUUAGACAUAGCUCAACCCAUUCCUCCGAGCUCUCUUUAAACUGAAAAAGGAAAAAAAAAAGGAAAAAGCAUGGCAAAGAGUAAGACCUUCGCGUUCUUGAUGUUGGCUUUGCUUGUGCUAUCUACAGCACAGAGCAGGCUUCUGUCAACCAGUAUUCUGCAACAAAGUGAUGAACCUCAGAUGCCAUUUUCUUUACCAGAAUCAAGUUACAGUGAUGAUGAGUGCAAAGGUUUGGAUGGUGAAGAAUGUCUGAUUAGGAGGUCCUUGGCUGCUCAUACGGAUUAUAUUUACACCCAAGAAAAAGAUGAGCCAUGAUCCUCUUGUUUGCUUCUUUACUCUUGUAAUGUUUUACCAAUGGAAAGUAAUCAAACUCAUUUUUUGAACUGCUUACUUUUUGAUGUUGAUUUUACCAUUCACUUAAACUCUUAUGUACUCUAUUCAAGCUAUGGCCCUGUAAAUUGUAAUGAGCCUGUGUUAUAUGAUAGGACUAAAUAUUUGAACACAAGAACAGAGAAUUCAAUCUUUAAUUCUCA